AGAUGCUCUAACCACUGGGCCACACAGGCCAGAGCAGGGUACAAUUACAAUUUAAAUUAUUUAUGUGUUUAGGAAUGAUUUUAUGAUGUUUGGUAAUUCAGGUCACAGUUUUCCUCACUGCACGGUGUAAGUAAUUGGGUGCAGACCUCUUCAUCCAGGGUUCCUGACCUUGAUUUAGUAGUUUGGCUUGAAUUACUCAAUCUCUUGAGGAGAGUGGAAAUUAGAAGCUGCACCCUCUUCCUGACAACUGUGGUCCAGACAUGUGCUUUGAGCAUAGUAACUAGCCUCCCCCAAUCCUUUUCAUUCCUGAGCUGGCUGAGCCCCACAGCUCCAUGGGUAUCACCUCAAGAUCUUCCAAAGCAGGGCUUGAAUACACAUGUUUGUACGUGGGCGUGACAAGUUUCUCUCUUAACAAAAAGUGAAUUUGACCUCCACUCUCAGGGUUAAAUAAUGCUCGGAGGCUGCUGGUGCAGUGCCCCCUCUGCCGACGCUCAGGUGCACGCCUGAGCCAUCCCGGUGGGCCACCCUGCUCCUCUGCUUUCCAGCUCUGGUGGGGUCUGAGCCUCUCAUCCCUCCAGGAUGCCAGUCACGUGGUUCCCUGCUGUUGGGGGAGCUCAGAGAGGAGACGUGCUCUUGCCGGCACACAGUGAGGGGGACUCUGAACCUUAGAAAACAAGAGAAACAAUCCUCAAUACAUGCUGCUGGAUUAUCUUCCAGGGAACACGUUCGCUGUCUGGGAGUGGAAAAUACAUGUAUAAAUAAAACCUUGUUUUUAUAAAUGUUUUUAUUUAUAGACUACAAAGCAAUUGGCAAAAUAGGCGAGGGAACGUUUUCUGAAGUUAUGAAGAUGCAGAGCCUGAGGGAUGGAAACUACUAUGCAUGUAAACAAAUGAAGCAGCACUUUGAAAGUAUUGAGCAAGUGAACAAUCUCCGGGAGAUACAAGCCCUGAGGCGCCUGAAUCCACACCCAAACAUUCUUACGUUGCAUGAAGUGGUUUUUGACAGAAAAUCUGGUUCUCUUGCGCUAAUAUGUGAACUUAUGGACAUGAAUGUUUAUGAACUGAUACGAGGGAGAAGACACCCCUUAUCUGAGAAAAAAGUCAUGCACUAUAUGCACCAGCUGUGCAGGGCCCUGGAUCACAUGCACAGAAAUGGAAUAUUUCACAGAGAUGUAAAACCAGAAAAUAUAUUAAUAAAGCAGGAUGUCCUGAAAUUAGGGGACUUGGGGUCCUGCCGGAGUGUCUAUUCCAAGCAGCCGUACACGGAGUACAUCUCCACCCGCUGGUACCGGGCCCCCGAGUGCCUCCUCACCGAUGGCUUCUACAGCUACAAGAUGGACCUGUGGAGCGCUGGCUGCGUCUUCUACGAGGUCGCCAGUCUGCAGCCCCUCUUCCCUGGAGCCAAUGAGCUGGACCAGAUCUCGAAAAUCCAUGACGUCAUGGGCACCCCUGCUGCGAAGACCCUCACCAAGUUCAAACAGUCGAGAGCUAUGAGUUUUGAUUUUCCUUUUAAAAAGGGAUCAGGAAUUCCUCUCCUGACAGCCAAUCUGUCCCCGCAAUGCCUCUCCCUCCUGCACGCAAUGGUGGCCUAUGAUCCCGACGAGAGAAUCAGUGCCCACCAGGCCCUGCAGCACCCCUAUUUCCGAGAGCAGAGGUGGGUGCUCUGGACAACGGGGAAACAGCCCGGGAAGCAGGAGGAGGACCGACCCAGGAGGCAGGGCCCGGCCUACCUGAUGGAACUGCCCCAGCUGAAGCUCCCGGGAGCCACCAAGCUCUCCUACUCCAGCCCGGCGCUGCAGGCGGUGUUCGGGCCCGGAGGGAGCGGGAAGGUCCCGGUGCUGAGGCCCCUCAGGUGUGGGGGUGCAAACCAGAAGACAGAGACGCAGAAGGACAUCAAGCCUAACCUGAAACAGUACCACCUGCCCAGCAUCGAGAGGAAAGGCGGGGGAUACUAAGCGCCGCGGCUCGCUCGGAGCGUCCGCGCAGGCUCGGUCCUCCGAGACCCGCGCCCCAGGAACACAGCCCGCAGCAGCGGCCCCAGUGGCCUGGAGGCCGCCAGCCUGGUCCCCGCAUCUGAAAGCAGCCAAACUGUAUGCUCCACUGUAACAUUUGUAAUUCCACCUCAUUCGAGGGUUCCAUUUCACUUUGUAACCUGAGAAUUUGCAGGAAAUACUUGUAAUUUUUUAUACGAAUGCAAACAGAAAUUAUAAUUUGUAUUACGUGAUAUUUAGGCCAGUUUCCUGCGGGCUCUGCGUGGACUUUCAGCACAUCACCAGGAGCCCUGCAGCACGUGGCUGCGAGCGGAUGUGCUGACUUUAUUAAAGAAGAGCCAUCACCACAGUAUCUCCAUGUGAUCCGUUUGCAGCCCAUGCGAGCAGAUUGGAGAUUGAUCUGUUGGGAAGACCUGGAUGUGGCUUGAUUUUGUUUCACUGGGGAAGCUGUGAGGAGCAAGUCCAGGCCUGUGCUCGGUGCCCUCGGUGCCACCCAGGGAGCCGCAGUGGCUGUGUAGUGUGGGCACCAGCGGGCCACAGAUCCGGGCUUUGCGGUGGCCACAGUGUCUGAGCUCCUGAGGCCCAGCUGCUCCUGGGAGUAGAGAACGCCGCUUCCUGAUGGGCCGCAGGCACUGAGCUUUGUUUCUGGGGUACAAAAGAAUCCUGUUUCACAGAGGUGGGGUGCUGCAGACACGGUGGCACCGGAAAACAAGGCGUGGGCCUGGCCGCCAGGCAGAGCAAAGGCCCUGUGGCCGUUGUAACCUAAUUACUGAGUGCUCCUCUGUCUUAUCUCUCCGACUCACAGCAGUAAAAGCACAUUUCCUGGGUUCCUUUUUCAUCUUCCUGUUCUCCCUUUUAAAACAGAUCUGACACCC